GUUAAUCAUGCUCGAGGACGCGGUUCAUUCCCUCCAACCUGACAAGACAACCAACAAAACAAACUUCCGAAUCUCUAUGACCUUUCCCAACACAAUUGAUUGAUUGAUUCCUCAGUCAAAAUCCACAUAUAAACCCCUUUUACAACUUCAUGUCCAUUGUCUUUCCCAAUUUUCCAUUAAACCCUAACCCCCUGCACUCCAAUUCCCUCUGUAUUUUGUCUGCAUAUUAAAUUGAAGGGGAAAGAGAACGACCCCAAGUUUAUGAAAUAAGUAGCACUAACGAGUUCAAGAACCCUAUUUGAUCGAUCGGGUUUUAGUUCUUUUUUUUUUCUUCUUCGGGCUCUCUAUUGUUUUUUUUUCUUUUUUCUUUUGUUUAUAAGAAAGAUGUCAAAAUUAUAUGGAGGGGAUUUCAAUCAGAAGAUAGAUUAUGUGUUCAAGGUGGUUUUGAUCGGCGAUUCUGCAGUUGGAAAAUCGCAAUUAUUGUCCCGGUUUUCGAGGAACGAGUUUAGUCUUGAUUCGAAAGCCACCAUCGGUGUUGAAUUCCAAACGAGGACUUUAGGAAUCGAUAACAAGACUGUCAAAGCUCAGAUUUGGGACACUGCUGGUCAAGAAAGAUAUAGGGCAGUGACAAGUGCGUACUACCGAGGUGCUGUUGGAGCAAUGCUGGUCUAUGAUAUCACCAAACGUCAAUCUUUUGAUCACAUUGCUAGGUGGUUGGAGGAACUGCGUGGCCAUGCUGAUAAAAACAUUGUCAUCAUGCUUGUAGGCAACAAGACUGACCUUGGUAGUCUUCGUGCUGUACCUACUGAGGAUGCCAAAGAGUUUGCUGAGAAGGAGAACCUGUUCUUUAUUGAAACAUCGGCCUUAGAAGCAACAAAUGUAGAGACAGCUUUUGUUAAUGUCUUGACAGAGAUAUAUAGGGUUGUCAGCAAGAAGUCCCUUGUUGCCAAUGAGGCUGAAUCCGCUGCAGGGAGUUCAGCUCUCCUCAGGGGAAAGGAAAUUGUUGUUCCUGGCCAAGAACCUGUACCAAGUGGGAGCUCGUACAGUUGUUGCAGAUCUUCAUAGGAGUCAAGUUGUAUAUGUUUUACCGGUUUCAGAUUGCAGUUCUCUGAACGUCUAUCAAAUGCAAAAUGAGUGCUACGAUAACAUGCUAAAUUGGUGGUCAAUUCAUCCAUUUUUGUUUGUCUAAUCUGCACUUUCAUAAGUGUAAAAAGAACUAAAGGUGGAAGCCAUAAAAUUUUCAUCUUGAUCUUAUAUUAGAUGUUGUAUUCGAUCACAACUAAUCAUCCUUCACUGAAACUUUUAUUGAUGUAUAUUUGCAAUGAAUGCACUCUUUCAUCUGCUGAA